AUUGUAUACUACGCUGCACGAUACGUGCUAGCGCGUAGGUAUACUACAAUAAUAACUAUCGUCAUAAUAAAAAAUUAUUAUUUCAUUUCACUCUUAGUACGCGGCGUACGCUCAGCGAAGACAGUUUUUUUGUUCACUUUCAUUCACGACACAUCUGCUGGCUAUCUAAUUUUUUUUUUCUUUGGCGCGCAAACGGACGAACCGAACUACCUAUCGUUUUUGAAUCUAUACCUACCGGUCCGCGGUAGUUCAUGUAGCGUGGAUCAUCGUUUGUAUUUCUACCGACUGUACAGUGUACAAUAUAGACGACUUAGUAUUUUAUAGAGUAUACAUAAUAUCCCUCUCAUAUAAUACCACUACGAUGCCGUACCAAACGAUCAAGCAGUUUUACGAAAGAAAAAACAUAUUUUUGACCGGUGGUACCGGUUUCGUGGGAAUGUGUUACAUCGAAAAAUUGCUUAGGACUGUGCCAGACAUCGGCAAUAUAUACGUACUGCUCCGGCCUCGGAAGGGACAAGGCAUAGAAGAAAGACUGACCGCUUUGAAAAAUAAUUCGGUAAGUCGUCCAAUAAUUAUAUGUGCCAAUACCUGGGGCUUUUAUUUUUUUUUUUUAAUUCUACGCGUGUCGAUUAUGCUUUGGUGCACGUGAUUUUUCCCCGUCUGUACACGAGUUUUCGAUCAGAAGACUUGCUCUUCUUCAAGAUCGUUUUCUUUUAGGAUUUUGAAUCCAUAUAGUUGGAGAAUUGGAUAGGUCGUCAUUUUUCGAUAUUGUUAUUUUCUCCUAAUACAUAUAAUCAUGAUGAUAAAUAAUUUCUAAAGUAAUUUUGGUUUUUUUGAGUUUUUUUUUUAGAUUCAUUUUUUGAUUUAUACAACUUGAAUAAAACUUUUUCGGCCCCGUAUAUAGAAUACUAGUAAAUUAAUUUGUAUUAUAUUUAACGGGCUAAAAAUUGUGGACACAAACAUUAUAUUAUAGAGAAAUAAAAAAAACACGUAAAUGGAAAACCUUAUAAGUUUAAACAAAAUGUAAUUUUAAAAAAACCAGGACAUAAUUCGUACCAAGCAUAGGUCACUUUAUCACUAUUGUAGAUAGGAAGUUAAGAAGGUAAAGAAUAUAAAAUAGUUAGUUUAUAUACGGAAAGCAACGAUAUAUAUUGGCAACCAAAUACGAUUCUGAGUAGAGCAGUACCGCAUUAAGCUAAAUUACUGCUCAUGGGCAAAUACAUUUUGGCUAAACAGUUGUUGGUUUAUUAUUGUUGGUUCACACAAAUUUUCACCAUCCCAACGCCAUAGGCACUUGCUCCACCUGCUUCCUGAAGUUUACUCCAUUCCAGAGAAAAGUUUUAUUUUAUAGAUUUAUAGCAACAGUUUUUUCAUUGUAUCCAAAAUUAUUUAGAAAUCAACAAAAGUAAAACAGGCGUGAUAUAAUUUAUUGUCAGUUUUUUAAUAUUUUAGAAAAAUAUUGGAAAUUUAUUUCCAAAAAGUACUCACGAUCGAAAAAUUUAAGUCUUUUAAGAGGGUUGAUAGCGGUGUAUAAAUUAGUCGAUUAAGAAUUAAAAGCCAGAGACAAUUUUUGGAAUUGUGUUUAUCGGAUUUAAAUUUGAAAACAUAUUAUGAUUCUUUAAGUUUUGUACUAGGAUGUUGGAAAUAGAAAUUAAUUAAUUUUACUAAAAAUUGUAAAAAAAAAAAAAAAAUGAUUACAUUUUUGAAAAUAUGUUUUGUCUUUUACCUAUGAUAAAGAGAAACUUUCUUGUAGAAUUUGUAAUCUAGUUGGUGCAUUGAGUAAGUGAUUUUUUGAUACUCUUUGUUUACUAUUUUUAAUAAAUGGAAAAAACUAAUACUAUUUGAUACCUAUAAAAAUAGUCGAUUUUUGAGUUACCUUGGCACCAAAUUAGAAAUACGACUAAUAAUACUUAGUUCAGAAUCAUUUUUCGUUAGAAUGGUUCAUUGUUGUGUAUAUAGAUAUAAAUUCAAUUACUCUAUAUAUCCUCCCGUCCAACUACUCUACUAAAACAAUAUCACAUUCAUUAACAGUAACUAUCAGCUUGUUUUUAUAAGUUUUUAAAGUUAAAGUUUAAUGAAACCGGUAAAACUUAUAAAUUGUAUUUUAAUUAAAAUCGUGUUUUCUUAGCAAUGGUUUAUUGGUACAUUUAAGAAUUUAAUUUAAUGUUUCCGAUUUUCUGAGACAGUACUAUGUGGUUAUUUUUCAUUUAGGUGUUCGAAGUCUUAAAGAAUUCCGGCGUUAGCGAUAUUCAGUUUACUAAAAUAGUACCCGUUUGUGGAGACAUUUCCGAGGAAAAAUUAGGAUUGUCAGACGACGAUUUGAAAACGUUACGCGAUAACGUGAAUAUCGUAGUACACUGUGCGGCCACGUUAGACUUCGAAACCGAUUUAAAAACGGCAGUGCACAUCAACUUGAUCGGAACCAAACGGAUAGUGGAGCUGUGUAGAGAAAUACAAAACUUACAAGUAAAAUACUCACCUACUAUUAUUUUAUUUUAACGAUAGGGAGACACUUAGUUUUCCUAUAAUCCAUUGUUUUACAACAGUAAUUAAUUUUUCCUAAAUUAGUAAAAAUAUUGGAGAAAACUUAUAGGUACAAUUAGCUUUAACAUCAUGAAUCAUCUAACAUAAUACAUUUACCGGUGUGUAUAUUUUUCAGUGUUUGUUGCACGUGUCGAGUGCCUAUACCAAUAGUAAUAAAAGUCACGCUGUAGAAAAAAUGUACGACGCACCGGCUAAUUAUAAUGAUGUUAUUAAUUACGUUCAAACCAUGGAUAACGAUCAAUUAAAUGACACUGCCGAAAAGUCAGUAUAACCUAUAUUCAAUAUUUAUAUUUGUAGUGUUUAUCAUUAAUUAUUAUUAAUGGAUAUCAAUGAAAUGAUUCAAAUAAAUAGCGUUUGUUAUUAAUCUAAACUAUUGUUAUUACUAGAGUUGUGAAAAAUGUUACUUAUAUUAAAUUAUAAGUAAACUAAACAGUAAUAUGAAUUAUAUUUGAUUACUUUGAAAUAGGUAUUAAAUUAAUUAAGAGUUUAUAAAUUUAAUUUAAUUUUUAUUGAAUUGGUAAUAAGAACAAUGAUACAGGUAUAGGUACUUGCCUGUAAAAUAAUAUAGAGUUUAGAUUUGUACAUAAGUGCGUUUAGUUAAUAUAAAAAAAAAAAACACACGAACAAAUGCAUGUUUCAGUUAAAAUGUGAUAUUGUAUUCGUAAAAAUAUUUAUUAACAAGUAAAUAAUUCAAAUUUAAAUAAUAAUUAUUGAUAAAUUCGUACCUAUAUAGGAUUAUGGGAGAUCACAUCAACACUUACACUUUCAGUAAGGCUUUGGCCGAACAUGUGGUAAACGAUGCAAGACAUGAUUUUCGUACUUGUAUAGUACGACCGAGCAUGAGUAAGUACACUAUGUAUAAUAUAAUUUAUUUAAACAUAAAGUUUUCCAUCGGAAAUUUUUCCUCAAAUUGUUUACAUAUUUUUGUUAUUGUGAAUAAUAUCACCAAUAAUAUUAUAAUAACGUAAAAAUACAUUUUUGAUAGUUUUUGUUUAGCUAUAGCUUGAUUUUUUUUUACAUUUUGUUGGCAAUCGGAUUUUAGAAUAAUUAUUGUGUCACCAUCGUCGCCUGUAAUUAUUUUAUUUGAAUGUGAUUGUGAAUAGAUUUUGAUUUUAGAUCGAAAAGUAUCUAUAUAAUAUUGCAGUAACUUCAUGCUAGAUUAUUGUUUUGUACAAGUUACCUGUUUAUAGUAAUACAUACGGUUUGUUCAUUUUAUUUUCCACAGUUGUUGCCACAUGGAAAGAACCAGUAGAAGGAUGGACAAUAUCCAAAAACGGGCCGCAAGGUUUCAUCAUGGGUGCCAUGAAAGGAGUAGUGAGGCGUUUACCGUUAAACGGGUCUUUAAUUGACGAUUAUAUACCGGUGGACAUAGUAAUUAAUACAAUUAUUGCCGGCGCAUGGUCUAGUUGUCAACUGCCCGACAGGUAAAUAUCGCGUAUACAUAUAUACUAUAUAGGUAUCUUUGUAAUGUGAUAUGAUUAUCAGUAGAGGUUCGUGAACUUUAUAAGUGGUGUGGCAAAUAUUUUGAAGUAACUAGGGUAAGAGAUCCAUAAAUAGACAAAUAUAUACUUUCAGAAAUAGAAACCAAAGUGUUGUUGUCAUUAAUUAUUAUUUGUUAACUUUAGGCUUCAGUUAUCUGCAAUUAUAUUGAAAAUUAAAAAUAUUUAAUACAUAUAUAGUACAUAUUUUUCGAGAACUCAUAAAUACUAUAUUAAAAAUGAAAUUAUUUUUAUGAUUUCGAAUCAUGACAUUUAUUUAUAAUACAUUUUUAUGAAAUAUAUAUAGUGGAUACUGUGUAAUUUUUGUACCUAAUGCCUAAGAAAACUGUGGAUAAAGCACUCGCAGUGCAUUAUUCGCCUCGUCUGGAGAGGUACCACUGAAGAUGAUCAGGACUGUGAAAUUCAUGCAGUUUUUGCUUUCACAUAUCGAUCUGCAAUUUUAUUCCCUAAGUUUAAAAAUAACGACAAACCGUAAAUUUUUUUAGUUUUUAGUUAUUUUCCAAUUUUUUUUUUGUUACAUAAAACAAUAACGUAGUAGAAGGCGAGUAAGAUGAUAAUAUAUUAUUACAAAAGAGGCGUACCUAUAUAGUUGUUAUUAUAUUAUAGGUGCUUGCAAUGAAAAAUGAUUGUAUCUAUGAUUAUUUUCUUCUUCGUGAUUAGUAAUCUAUAUUUAUUUUGAAGGUCGUGGUACCUAAUAUAAUAUUGCGUUGGCUUCAGAUAACAUUUUCGUAUUAGCUUACGUCACUCCUCAAGUUAUAUAGUCUGGCGAUGACGUAAUAUCACGAACAAAAUUUUUACUAUUCCCUCUCCCCUCAUGUAUCUCCCUCCCGUCCACAAAAACAAACUUUACCACCAAAAUAAUAAUAAUUUAUAAUAAGACGGAGUCCGGAAUUAUAAAUGUUUAAAAAAAAACGUUUAUAAUGUGCACGAUUCGUUCAUACUGGGUGAGUUAAUGAUUGAUAUUAAUAACAUGGUUAAAGUAUUAAUUAAAUGUUUUAUUAUUUAUCAAGUUAAGUUAAAAGUUAAUUUGAACAUGAAAUGUUUUUCUCAUCAAUUCAUCAGGCUCAGAUCAAAUAAGGCAUUUUAAACUUAUUAAUAACAAAUAAAAAUAUGAUUAUUUAAAUGGUAUUCAAACAAAUGUUUAUCUAGGUUCUUUAUAUAAAUCAUUACAUUCAUAGCUUUAACUAUAAUAUUAUGAUAAAUAUUAUUUUAAAAUAUUUUAUGUGUUUUAUAGGCAUUUUAAUGGUUUUAAUAAAAUAUAUUAUGCAAUUUUUUUAUAGUUCAUACGUCGGGCAAACACCGAUAUUUCAUUGUACCACGAGCACGUGUAAUCCGUUCUAUUGGAACGAUUUCAAGUCAAUGUUAAAGACAUUUUUGUACAACUAUCCCAUACAAAGUGCCGUAUGGUAUCCGAACAUAAAAUUUUUGCCUAGUUUAUUGAUGUACCAGAUUUCGUCAGCAAUUUUUCAUUUCAUCCCUGGGUACAUAUUAGAUUUUGUUAUCAAAAUCUCGGGCGGAAGACCGAUGUGAGUAUAUUAUAAUAUUUGUAUACAAUAUAAGUAGGUAUAUAAUAUAUUAUACAAAUAUAUAUACGUUUAUAAUAUUAUAUUUAGUCAAUAAUAUUUAAAUUAUGUACAACGAAAAUAAUAAUCACUCAAUAUUUUGAUAUGCAAAACAACUUAAUAAACGGAUAUUAUAAUUUUCAGAAACGAAUUUCCUAUUUAGGUAAUUUUAUAUUAACAGCAGGAUAACCUUCCUCAAGCCUUGGGUGAACAAUUAUUUCACGUAUUUCAAGUGUGAAAUGUAUAUUUUUAUUUUAAUUUUAUGCUUGAAAUUCAUUGUUCUCUGACGUAGACAUUCUCUUUGUUGGAUUCCUUGUUUUCUAUUAAAUUUUUAUCAUAGUAAUCAUAGGCGUGUGUAGACCUUGCUGACAGGAGGGGUAGAGUAUAUAUAUAUAUAUAUAUAUAUAUACAUUAUAUGCAAUAUAAUUGAAUAUUAGUUUGGUUAUUAGUUAGUUCAACUUAUAUUAGUGACGGAAGUAUUUCAAUUUUAUAUAUCAUUAAUUUAUAUACACAUUUAAUAUAAUAAUUGAAAUUUCACAGUUUUUGGAAGAGUUACUAUGAAAAUGUCUAAAAUGUAUCGAUCUUUGUUAUCGAUUUUAUGAUUCUGUAAAUGACUCUAUCGAUAGUUUGUACUUACCGAAUAUAUUACCACCAAGCUGAGAACGACCAAUUAUCAUGAUGUAUAAAAUGUGUUUUCCCGCCAGUUUAAUCUAUUGUCCUUGGCAAAUCAGUCAAGAGUUGCAGGGGUGUUAAACUUGAUGGUUCUUCGAGUAUAGUGAAUUUAUGUGUAUUUAAAUUUUAAACCACGCCGCCAUAGAUGUUAAACGAUUUUUUUUAUUAUCGCCUAUGUAAUACUACAACAAUUUGGCGCGAUUUUAAUAAAACUUCGUCGGCCUUAAUAAACCGUCAAUACGUAUUUUGUUGGUGAAUUUGAUUCUGUAAAAUAUCAUGUGUCCAUCUAGAUUUCUAUUUUUUCAUUUGGAAUAUGAUCUCCUGGUUAACCGCUACGUAUUUACAUCUUUGGUACCUUGGGGCACUGUUUAUUUAGCACUAUUUCAUAUAUUAUGUAAGAACAAUUUGUUUACAAUGCGCUAGAAUUUCGUGUUCCUCACUUAACGUAUUAUACUGUACACUUUGUAUUCUAAAACAUUCUAUUUUAAACCGUGCUAAAUGAUUGUAAACUAUGAAGUAUUAAUAAUAAUAAUAAAUUAAUAAUAUCAUAAAAUUAUCACGUGCCACCCAGAACCAAUGUCUUCAAUUGGACCUCUUAAAUACGUUUUUACUGAUAUAUUAGAAUUAUUAGCCACUACACUAUUACAGCCAUUGUUGUAGGUGGGAAGUUGGGAAGGUUCCUACCUUCAUACAGACAGGAAUUUAAUGUAUAUCUGUAAGCAAUUUAAUUAAAAUCAAACCAUUGAUAACGAAAAAUCGAUUCUGAGGGGAGUUCAGUUGAUAGUGUUGCUUUGUCAACACUAUACAUGUCAUAUUAUAGUAAAAUAAUUAAAUAGGUUCUAUAUAUUUUCUUUAAUAAUAUUUGUUUAAUGUUGUACCAAUAUCUCUCUUGGAAACACAUAUUGUUGUAAUCAUUUAAGAUUACAACAAUAUGCGAAUGUAUCGCCCAGAAAACAUUUCCUUUCAGAAAAGGUGCUAUACUUGAUAAUUGGAGUAAGCUUUUUGGUGGAAAAAUUGUUCACAUAAAAAAAAAAAAUAAGCAUCUUUGUAAAACCGAUACAUUCUUCGCUAAAUUCAAAAUCUAAAAUAACAUUUUUCUGAAUGAAAAAUAAAAUAAAAUAAACUGGUAAAAAAAAAAAAAAAACAAAAAUCCUUUGAGUGAUUAAUAGUUAAAAAUAUAAAAAAGCACUGAUUCUGCUGAUGGGUGCUGUAGGUGGGGAAAUUAAGGUACAUAAAUAUGUAUAAUAUUGGUUGUGUGUAUUUACAAUCGUUUUCGAUUCAACCCAUUUUUAUUGAGUAUAGAUCAGAUGGCAAAAAAAUUAAAAAAUUAAAAUUAAUAUAAAAUGUUUAUUUUAUGGAUAAAUACAAAUGUUAAGUACUCGUAUUUAUAACAAAUAUCGUUUAAAUAUCAUUUUUGCUUGGUAUCUAUAUAAUAAUUCGUUAACUAUUAAUAUUAUUAUUAUUAUUCAUAGUGGGAAUAAAGAGGGGGGGAAGCACAGAAGAGUCUAGGUUAAUUAACUAGUUUUUUUUUUAAAGAUGCAAAACUUGAACAGGUAUAAUAUGUAACAAAAUUAAAACAAUGUACCUUAUAAAUGUAACGAUUAUAUCCGUCUCAUGAUAGGUAUAUUAUGUUUGUGAAUAAAUAUAUUGAAAAACUUUGGACCUCACACCAGUUCCACCCUCCCCCCUCCUUAAAAUAAAAUACCUACCAAUAUUUGAUUGGAUUAAAAUUUACAAAUAUUACAUAAAUCCGAUUUUAAACGCGAGUACAGUAUUGCGAUCACACGAUAGUGUAGUUAUUCGCAUAGGCCUCUAGUAUGGAAUUUUGACUAUUUCAUUUAAAACUUAGUCAGAAUUUAAAACUUAACGAAAAUGUUUUCAUAAUGUUUUUCUGAUACAAAUUAAUAAUUAUAUAUUCUUGUAUACGAUUAUAUGAAUGUUAUUUUCAAAAUUUUCGAUACCUUAGACAAAACCCCUUUUGCGAUUACGAUUCUUACUACUCGUGUAGUGCAACAACAAGAGUGAAGAGACAUAACAUUUUAAAUAAAUAAUCGAUAGUUGUUUAUUAUAAUUGUAAAUAAAUGAAUAAUUGAUUGUAUAAAUAAUGAUGAACUGACAUUUUUUUUUCAUGAUUAUAUAAAAUGAAUCUGAAAAUCAGGCCAAUAAAUAAAUAUUUUGUUUUCUGUUGAACAAUAUAAUUUAUUCAAUAAAUUCUUAUUCUUGUAAUUCAUGAUUUUAUUUCGUAAUAAUAUUUAUUGUUAUAGCAUAACAAGUAUUUUAUUACAUUAUUAGUUAUUACCUACUUUAUUAGUGUUGGGAAAAAUCCGGAUUGGCUGAAUUUUGUAAUCCGAAAUUUAUAUUGUCAAUCAGGAUUUAUAUUGCUUUUAAAUCUUGAUUUUAGAUUUUGAAAAUGUUUCCAUCUUGUAUGCAAUGUUUCAUUUUUCAUAAUAAAUGAAAUAUAUGUACACAAUUAUUUAAAAAAACUACACCUAAUCAUAAUUUAUUAGACAUUCGUUUAUUAUGAAAAAAAAAAAAAAUAAUAAAAAAAAUGUUUAAUAUAUUUUUCGAAUAUUGAAAAAUCCAAAAUUAUAGGUGUUUUGGAUUUUAAAUUCGGGAUUCGAUUUUAUUUUGGCUGCACUCAAAUUGCAUGGAAAAAAAAAAUCUGAAUUGCAUGUCAUCUCUUAGAGAAACCUGUCCGAAUUGCGUGCCGUGUAUAAUUAAUAAUAAUAAAAAAAUAAAAUGGCAUUUUCCUUCCCACUUAUACAGACUUAGGAUUGAUAGUAAAAACUUAAUUCUUAUACUGGUGUGGUUAAAAAUGUUUUAUUUCUAAUUUUAUAUUGUUAAUUAUUUUAAUAUUAUUUUACUAUUUUAACGAAUUUAUACGUAUAAUAUCGUAAAUAUAUUAUUGUCUAACAUCUUAUAUACCCAUUUAUUAUGUCAUGUGUUAGAUUUAUUUUGUUUUCGGCAACGCCAUAUGUGGUAACUUUUCUAUACAUAUUUGUCUAUUAAUUUCAUUAUUUUGAAUUGCGUUAUCACUGAACUUAUACAUUCUUCUUUUUCUAGUAUUUCUCGACGUUUUUCAUUUCAAUUGGAAGAACGUAUUUUUACAUAUAUAUAUAUCACAUUGUACUUGCUUUAAAACAUCGACUUGUUGAAAUAUAUUAGGACUUGGAGAGUAAAACAUGCUACUCAGUUUGAAAUGAAAUGAUUCACAAACAUUGGUUGUAUGCAUUGUAGAAUUAGAAAAUUCAGCCCAAAUAUACUAUUUUCGUCGUUGAUAUGAAAGUUAUCUACAGCACGCAAUUCGAACAUGCCUCAAUAAGAAAAGGGCAUGCAAUUCGGACGAACCCCUUUAUAAAAUUGUAUGCAAUUCAAAUGUUCCAAUUUAUAUUUAUUAUUUUGGCAUGCAAUUCGGAUUCACCAUUUAUAUCACGUCGCGUCACGUGUACUUAUUUUAUGUUUUACUUAUUAUUACUUGAAUUGGGUCUUGUAAAACGAUACCUACUAUGUAGACAAGUGUCUAUAACCUAUAACUAUAUAAAUCCUAUAACCUAUAAUUCUAGGUAAUCAAUUAAUUUUUUUUUUCUUUUUGUUGUGUCGAUUACAGCCUUAUACGAUUACACACGAACGUAAACAGAUCGCUCAGUAAACUUGAACCGUUUAUAUUUCGCGAAUGGAGAUUCGAUAACACUAAAACCGUUAUUUUGCACAAAGAAAUGAGCGUCUCCGAUCAAUCCGAAUUUUACGUCGACCCUUCGAAUAUAAAUUGGAAGACGUACCUCAACAGUCUUGCAAAGGGUGUACGUAAAUAUUUACAUAAUGAAGACGAUAAAACGCUGAAAAAAGCGCAGCGGAAACAAUCCAUGUAAGUGCAACAAAUUACGCCGCGACUAUAUUGGCGACGAACGAAAUUGAAAUUGGCCAUUCGAAUAACUUGAAUUGUCCACUAAAAGUCCAAAACUCUUUCAAUAUACUACUCAUCUGAACAUUUUAUAUUUGCGUGUCUAUUAUGUGCCCAUUGUCGCAGCCAGAAAAAAAAGCUGGGAUAGAGGAUUUAACCUUUAACCUAACCUUAAACAUUUUCUAAGAUUUAUAUUAGGGUAACUCUAUAUACAUAAAUUAAGUUUACUUUUUUAUUCGUCCACCCAUGUUUUUUCAUAAAAAGCAAUUCAAUAUUGAACUAUAAUGAAGUACUUUUGUUCGUCCGCCCCAUCGUAUUGUCGAAAUGUUUAGUUUUAUUUCAAGCUUAUAAUCAUUGUUAUUACUAAUAGUAUAUUAUAUCAUUUCUUUAUUUUACAGUUUACGGUUGGCAAACAUCGGUGUACAAUUACUAGUCGUUUUCGGACUGUGGUAUUUGUCGUCAAUAAUUACGGACACGUCGUUUUUAUCAAAAUACUGGGUAGCAGUGAUUGUCGUCAUUUUUGGAUAUAUUUUUUGAAUUCAUUCAAUAAUGUAAAAUUGUUUCAAAAAAAAAUCUUUUAUGCACAUUAGAACUUAGGUGUUUUAUUUUUAUAACAAUAUUAUUAAUUAUAUUAUUAUUUUUGUAUAGCAUUUUAAUUUUAAUUCUACUACAUAUGCUGAGGUUUAUGACAAUGAUAAUUGGUACAUCGAUUUAUAUCAGUUUUAAGUCACAAAAAUAAAAUUCGUAUUAUAAUUUAAUAAGUAGGUAUAUAUUGAAAUAAAUAUUUGUGUAAUAUG